AUGGAAAGAGGUGAUAUUAAUAUAGUGGUAGAUUCAUUAGUUAAUGAAUUAAUUUCAUUAAAAUCGGAUUUUAUAAAUCGAUGUCAAUCAGCUGAAAUGAAAUUAAAUCAACUUAAAGAAAUAUUAAAUACAAUAAAAGAAAAAGAUGAUAAAAUAAUAGAAGAAAGAAAAGAAGAAAGAACUAUUGAAAAAAGAAUCAAAGAUAUUAAUUAUUGGAAAAAUAAUAAAGAAUGUGAAAUUAUUUAUGAUAGUGAUUAUAAUGGAUUUAAUAAAAUUUUAUUUAAUAAAUCAGUAAUGAAUAAAAACAAUUUAAUAUUUCUUUUAUUUAUUAAAGAAAAAGUUUUUGGAAUAAGUUUAAAUAAACCAAUUACUUUAUUAAAUCAAUUUAUUGAAGAUGAAUCAAUGUAUAUUUUUACAAUACAAUUGGAUGGAACAUUAAUGAAAAUAAAGAAAAAAAGAACAACUGAAAGAUGGAAAAAUUCUAUUGAAUUAUUUUCUACAGGUUCAUUCCUUUUUUGUAUUUCAUGGGCAUUUGGAAUUACAAAUUCAGGAACAAGUAGUUGGUUCCAUGAAAAAUUUAAAGACUAUUAUACCAACUCAUUGGAACUACCUGCAAUUUUUGAUGUGUCUCAUAUUCUUGUUUUUCAAAACAAAGUAGUUUAA